AUGGCUGAAGUCCUCAGUGAUCACCCAGAUCUCUCUGAGCUGGCUCAAUCCCCUUCUCCUGGACAGAAGCGGAAGCGCGACAUGUCUGAAUCGGCAAGUCCUGGCCGCGCCAAGCGCACCAGCGCCGGACCCGACACAGACACCACCUCCUUCAUUGAAAGCGCCAUCGAGGCCGCUCACGCUGCCGCCGCCAAUGGUGUCAGUGCCGCCGACUUCAGUGCCCUGCAAGCUGCUGCUGCGGAGCACUCUGAGGCUGCCGACCCGGCAAAUGCCUCGAGCACCGCCGCCGCCGCCCUCGGCAUGUAUCCUACUCUUCACGUCCCUUCUUCCACGGAAGAGCAGUUCGCUGCCCAGACCAACAACGAGCCGACGCACCAGGAGCACGCUUUCGACCACGGAAACGUCACUCCUCCCGAUAACCUCAUGAGCAGUCUCUCGGCUGUACAACAGCCUCUUAAUGGCGUCCAGCCCGUGCAACCCCAGCCCCCGCACCAAGCUCAUCAGCCUCCCCAACCCCAACCGCCUCAGCACCGCUACUCCUCCGGAUCUGCCAGCACUCCGGCUAAGAAACCUGAUGUUGGCUCCGAGGAGUGGCACAAGAUGCGGAAAGACAACCACAAGGAAGUCGAACGUCGUCGUCGUGAGACUAUCAACGAGGGCAUCAACGAGUUGGCCAAGAUCGUGCCAAACUGUGAGAAGAACAAAGGAUCGAUUCUUCAGCGGGCUGUCACAUUCAUCAACCAGCUCAAGGAGAACGAGAAUCAGAACAUCGAAAAGUGGACUCUUGAGAAGCUGCUUACGGAGCAAGCUAUAGCAGAGCUCAGUGCUUCGAAUGACAAGCUCAAGCAAGAGUGCGAACGCCUGUACAAGGAACUCGAGACCUGGAAACGUGUCGCGCAGAACGCAGGUCUCUCGUACCCUCAGGCCAACAAGGAGGAGCCCGCCGUCGCGACCUAG